AUCAUAAAAAGGACUACGAACAGACCUGUUGGUUUUUUUUUUUAGCCAGGCCUUCAGCUACGUGUUUCUUGUAGUUUGUGCCGACAGUUAUUUCGGUCACCAUGUUUGCUUUAGGCCUCGCGAUUCUGAGUCUGUCUCUAACAGCCGAGGCACAGAGUAAGUACACAAUUAAUAUGAUCCCCCAUUUGAUUAAUAACACAGGCCAACCAAAGAAAAAAAACAAACAACAACAAUCUUAUUUUCUUGGUGCCUUAAAUUGUACGUCUGUUCCCAAUGUUGAGGCACUAAUAUUAAAAAAAUCGCAACGGAGUCAUCUCAGCUGUUCUAGUUUUUAAGGUUUUGAUGAAUUUAUAAAAAUUUAGGUUUGUCCACAUAUACGGUCAUUUUUUUAUGAAUUUGGAUAUCAUAAAAAUUAUUUGAAUGGGAAAUAUAUAUUUAUAUUUCCAAUAUUUUGUGUGUGUGUGUACAGACAUCUGUCGACUUCCUUCCUAGAAAACGCAAUGCCUUAAGAAUUUGCUAAGUUCAAAGGUCAAAGUCGACUUUUUUUAAUGUUUUAUUAGUUAAUUGUGUGAAAAAUAUUUAGUUUUCAAAUAAUGAUCUUAUUAGACGACGUAAAUUUUAGUUUGACAACCUUCCCCAAACUUGAUCUGUUGAAACAGCUGCUUGUAGAUUGUAUUUUCAAAACGCACCAAAUCUUUACUGAGCUUGACAGAAAGAGAAUACCUCUAGUGGAGACCGACCGAAUUUUGGCUUGGAAACUUCGGUUUCGGCGCCGAAAGCUGCCAUUUGACCACUUUCGGCCCAGUUUCGGUUUCGGCCGAAAUCAGAAGAUCACUUUCGGUCGGUCCCUAUUCUCUUAUAAGGUUAUUUGGUGCCAAGAUCUUAUCGGUAUUUCUUUAUUCUUGUUGUGGGGUGAAAAAGAAGCUUUAUUACGAUAGUUUAGUUCGUUGGUUCAGAGAACCCUGAAGCGAAGAGUACAGUGAACAUUUUCACAAUGAAAAUUGCAUGCAGCCGCAGCCAGGCACCAAGGUGGAUGAAAUGCACGUAUGAUGGAGAUUCAUUCAAGAAUCUAAUUCGAGAUUGUCCUGGAAGAUCAUAUCUGACGACGUUUAAUAACAAAGGAACUUCCUUCCUGCUGAUUUAUAAUACAAAGUCUCCAGUAGAUCUGUUUCUUUUAUAUAUAUAUAAUAAGCCUAUUCUCAUAAAGCGCAUUCGUCUUUAAAUAAUUAACAUAAUGCUUUAAGCUUAACAAUGAAACGUGUUCAAUAAUUCAAAAACGAGAUCUUUUAGGCGAAAACUGGUACAAUUUUUGGAAUCAGUGGGUUAAAUAUACAUUUUAAAAAAACAUCUAAUAAUCAUCGGGUUAAAUAUACAUAGGAAAAAAAUCUAACAUUGUAGAACCAGAUCUUGUUAAAUUGAUUAGAUUUCCGUUAAAAAAAAAUAAUGUUUGGUGUACUUUUAGAGGAUUGUAUUUUUCGCGAUAUUGAACAUAGCAUUACAGCCAUUACAUUCCCAGAGAAUUAUUGUUUGUGAUUGAUAAACUUUUAUAACCUUGCCAGCGCGAGUUUGUACAAACCACCCCAGUGGAAUAUGUGUCAGCAUGUACACAAGCAGCUGCCCAGCUGGGACCUACGUCAGCUACAGGUAAGUACUUCAUGAGAACAGGUUGUGUGUUUCCGUUUCUGAGUUUGGUGACCGGGGACCAGGGACCGGGGACCAGGGACCGGGGACCAGGGGUGGAUCGAGGGAUUGAAUCGACCCUGGGCGAUUUCAGAUAAGUCGGUCCCCGGUCACCAGGGAUCUCUAGAUCCUUUGUUUCGAGUGCUUUAAUGGGUCCAUGUCUCGGGUGUACACGAAGGCCAGAGUAUAUUUAAAUAUAUAUAUUUAAGAAAAAAAUGAUUUCUAUUAUUCAACUAAUUAAUGUCAUUAAUUAUUUUGUCAAGCUGACAAAACAAUCAAAACAUGCAGAUGAAAUCUUGCGACCCGCCAUUCGUGACGCACUUGCGCUUUACUGCCAAAGGGGGUCGUAAAAGUUAAGCUUUGCAGGAUUAGUAACGUAAUACCACUGUCAGACAUUUACGACCAAACAACCGCAGCGUAGUUUGUGGGUAUAUGAAGUCAACGUAGUGUAUUGGGUAUACUAAGGUGGUGUAGUUUAUUUAGUAGGUAAAUGAAGGACAUGUUGUUUAAGGGUUGUAUGAAGGUGAAGUAGGUUAUUGGGGUGAAAUUCAAUGUUUCCCAAUUUACAGAGCUGUUGACACGUGAGUUACAUUCAUUUUUCUCUGCUCCUACUUCUCCACGCAGCGGCUGUGGUUUCCUGGAGAACUGCUGCUACACAAACCCUUACGACAACCUGGGCGGUGUGGUAACAGCUGCACAUACAGUUGCACAUACGACUGCACAUACCACUGCACAUACAACGGCACAUACAACCAGCAGACGUAAGUAGUUAAUGAUCAAAUCUGCCAACGUAUUGACAUCGUGCUAUCUGAUAGUUAAAAUAUAUAUAUAUAUAUCAGGGAAGAAAUUGAUAGCAAACAUUUGUUUCUUAAAAUUGUCUGAUGUGACAGUUUUACUGUGCAAAAAACUGUCUGGUGACACUAACUUAGAAUGACACAUGUCAUUUAACCACAAACAUGUAUUGACAUCCCCCUCGUGGUCAUUUGAUUCUCCCCCCCCCCAACCUUUUCUCCCCAGCAGCAGUGACAGUGUCAUCGACGUCCGGUAGUCAAUGUGGUGUGACAGUUUACAACGCCGGGACGAAAAUUGUCGGUGGACAUACGACAACCAUAGACAAAUACCCGUGGCAGGUCAGUGUUUGAUGGACACGUACACUUGUGAGGUCAGUGUUUGAUAGACACGUGCAUGUGGCCGGUCAGUGUUUGAUAGAUACGUACAAUAAUGACGUCAGUGAUUGACAGAUACGCAGACUUGUCACGUCAGUGUUUGGUAGAUGCGUACACUUGACAGGUCAGUGAUUGUAUGACAUAAACGAUCUGUAAAAAUGCUUGUGUACGGAGUGACAUUUGAGAGCCAUUAAGGACCAAUAUAUAUGUUGUAACACAUUAUGUGUAUUUCAAUAAAAAAAUAUAAUAUAAUAAAAUAAUAAUUGACAUCAUUUAAAUGCCGUGAUGACAUACGCCUUAAAACAAUAUUGUAUGUCGAAGUUUCAACUUUAUUUUGUAAUAACUCUACUACUAAUUAAUCCCCCAUGCCCCACCCCUCAUAAAACCACACAGGUGUCAUUGAGGCUCUAUAAUCAACACAUCUGUGGAGGUUCCCUAAUCUCAAACCAGUGGGUUCUUACAGCAGCACACUGCAUCAAAGAGUAAGUCUAAAAAUACUUAUUCAGGGGACCGGUGCAAUGUCCAUAUGACAUUUGGGGGCGCGGGGGGCAGGGGGGUCAUUUCAGGGUUUUUCCGGGGGUGAGGGCAAAACCAAAACUUGGUCAGCUUGUUAAGUAGUUUAUUACUACUGGAGGCGCCACAAGUACAUAGAAAUUUAAAUAAAACCUGCAAAUUCGGGGGGGGGGGUUUGGAUGCCCCACCCUGCCCUAACCAAAUGACGUCCCGAGGGUGAAAAGGGGGGGGGGUUGGUUCACUUUAUCACAGACACUUCUGAGGCUCGGACAAUAACUUAACACCCCGGCCGGAUGAAGGAGACAUGGUGAGCCCUUAUCCUGGGCGUACGUUUAUGACGCCUCCAGUCAAAAGUACAACGACAGCCAAACGUGCCAGCGAAACGAAGGAAAGAAAAAAAAGUUGGCGGAGAAAAAAACAAAACAAAACAUUUUCAUUUCUCAAUGGUGACAUUGAUGGACUGGAACUCAUGGUGACGGAUAUGGAUAAUUGGGGUCAGGGAGGGGGAGGAGGAGGGGGGGAAUCAGUUGCGACUCUUGACUUAUUUCUGUCUGGGGCGAUCUCCCAAAUAGCGCUUCCCCGUAACAAACACGCAUCACUUUAUAUAAUAAAAGGCAUGCACAUGUAUGUAUAUAAAUAUAUAUAAACCCAAAGUUACCCCACCCCCAAUUCGCCCCCGUUCCCCCCCACCCCUUGUAAGGCUCUGGAAAAGAGCACAAUUUUGACUGUCUGGGUGACCACGCAGGUUCGUGAAUAGCUUUGCUUGUAUUUUUUUUUUUUUAAAGGGGGGGGGGUGGGGGCUCGUUACUUUAGGUGUUUGGGGAGUGUUAUGUUUAGGCUAAAAGUAGGGGCAACAUUACUCGAAUGUGUUCUUUUCAAAUAUUUUUUUUUUUUUUUAAUUUUUUUUUAGUAGCCAAUGCCUCAUGAAAUGUUUCUCCUCCUAGAAUGGGCCAAGUGACGACCAGCAUGUUCAGUGUAGUGGUCGGCAGCACCAGCAGCUCCCACUACGCAAGCAGCCUAUACCACAAGGCCCUAGGUAUCUACACCCACGCAGAGUAAGUCAGGUUGUAGCAGUAAGCUCCGAGCCACCGAGGUGUAACGUCACUAGAUCAUAAUUUUUUUUUUUUUAAAAACAAUUACAGCUGUCCUGUUUUUUACCAUGGUGUACGCCCCAUAUGAUUGUGGUACCUAAUCAUUGAUCUCUUAUUGUUCAUGAUAUCCAAAUAAUUGUUCUUAUAAUUCUAAUCAGUGCGGUGCAAAGGAAAUGCGUUACCCGCGCGGGGGGGGGGGGGGGGGGGGGAGGGGGCGCCUGAAAAUGCCGCCCCCAAAAAUCUAUAGAAAUAAGUGCAGCCUGGGGCGGGCCAGGAAAAAUACGAUUUUGGCGCCCAUUUUCUUUUUGAAGUAAUUUGGACUUGAGUGUUUGUUUAAAGAAGAUUCUCGCGCCCUAAUUGAUGUUGCCGCCUGGUCGAGCUCCCCCCUCCCUUUCCCUUUCCCCCUCCACAUGGCCCUGUUUCUACUCCUGGUUCUUAACAUUGGUUAUCCUACUCAUUUUUCGUGUGUAACAGCCACUUGUUCAAACGGAACCUAAUUACUGUUGUUCACCUAUACAACAGCCCCCCCCCCUUUUUUUUUUCUUCGUGUGUAACUGAAGGCGAGCAACUGUUCAAGGGUUCAUAGAGCAUGAUUUUUCCUGACCGUGUGUCAUAAUAUCCAUUCUUCAGGUACGUUAAGAAUACCAGAAACGACAUCGCCCUGAUCAAGCUGGACCGACCGGUCAACCUGGCGGACAGGAACAUCCAGCACGUCUGCCUCCCCGACCCCAACGAAGAUUUCAGCGGUCAAGUCUGUGUGGCGACCGGGUGGGGAUCCCUAACGGAAGGUCAGUUGGACGAGAGUAGCGCUUUGGACGGACGCUGACAUCGUAUUCGUCUUACACCGUUUUCAUUGAUGUAUUGUUCAAACGUGUCUCCAGCUGAAAGAAGGAUGUAUGUUAUUUGUUCUAGAGCGUCUCCAUCAUUAGUAGUGUAUAUUUCUUUGACAUUUUUAAAUCUCCAGCAAUAACCAGGGUUUAAACUUUAAUAGCCAUUCAAGCGUAUAUCUAGCUGAAAGGAAAUGUUACUUGUCCUAUAGAGCUUCUCUAAGUAAAGCAGUGAAUAUUAUCUUUUACCCCCAUCUUGAAAAUUUGAUAGCAUGUGUUGUCAACGGUAACAAGUCUAUGUGUCAAGUUUCAGCUCGAUAGCUUGAUGGGAAGUGGGUCAAUGGGCCGUUCGAAGAUUUUGCCACUCAGCCAGCCCGUCCGCCAGCCAGCCACAGACAAAAGCAAAGUUAAUAUAAAGGAUUUAAAAAGAAAAAAAAAGAAAUAGUUGUUUUUUUGUGUGGAGAAGGGCAAUAUCAUUUGUUGGGAAACUGUAUAAACUGAAUUUAAAUGGCUAAAAUCUACCAAUAAGUAUCUAUUUUUAAAGGACGACGACAAUACACAAUGAACACCCCCUGAAACUAAAAUUUGAUCUCAUUUUGUCAAGAAAUUAAAGCAGAAAACAUCGUGCCAAUGCUUGAUACUUAGCAAGAACUAAUAUACAAUUUUUAAAAAAUAAUAGGCCUUUAUAUUGGUGGAAAGGUAUUUUAAUACACUAUUGUUCCGAGUAUGCCGUCCUUUAAAAAAAAGCAUUAUGCAGUUUUUAAAAAACUAGAAAUGAUGCAAAAAUAAAUAAAUAAAUAAAAUUGCCGGUAUAACAUGUUAACAACGGGAAGUAAGCGCUGUGGCCUUUAAGGAACGUCCUCUAUUCGGAACAGUGCGGUAUUAAUGGAUCCAUUGGUUUAUCUAAAUUCGCCUUAAAUAUUCGUCUCGUCAAAGAUAUUGAACGUAUCGAUACUUCAUUGCUUCCUCUAGUCCAGUACUCGGCAAACUCAUUAGUCAAAAGAGUUAAAAAUCAGCAGCAGGACGAUUAACAAAAUUUUGAGAGCCACAUUUCUGACCAAGAUCCUGUCCAGAACCAUGUUUUUCGGAGUCAAAACCGAUUUGUGGCUGACAUGCUGAGCCGCACUCAGGUCGCUAGAGAGCCGCAUGCGGCUUGCGGGCCGCGAUUAGCCGAGCACUGCUCUGGAUAAGUAAUUGUAAUAGAUGGUAGGAAGAGUCGACCAUUUACUACUCUAUAGAAAUUUUAUUGAAUUGAUGUUUUCAUAUUUUACGUUUAUUUUGUACAUAUUUUUCUCCGGGAUUGAGGGGGGGGGGGAGGGGGGAAGGCAGUGGGCUUGCUCUGGUGGACGGCAACAGUGUCGCCCUGCCCCCCCCCCCCGGGGGAAGAGGUGCCUGAAAAUUACACUGAAAUGUACUAUUGAAGAGAGUCAUUGUUGAUAUGGUUUUAAGAGAGUCAUUGUUGAUAUGGUUUUAAGAGAGUCAUUGUAGAUAUGUUUUUAAGAGAGUCAUUGUUGAUAUGUUUUUAAUAGAGUCAUUGUUGAUAUUUUUUUAAGAGAUUCAUUGUUGAUAUGUUCUUAACAGAGUCAUUGUUGAUAUGUUUUUAAGAUAGUCAUUGUUGAUAUGUUAGGGUUGAUGUUUCAGGUGACGAGGCAACGCCUGAAACCUUGAGAGAGGUCAACCUGCCAAUCAUCAACCGACAACUCUGCCAAUAUUACAUGGGCUCUUUCGCACAGGGGCUCAUCUGUGCCGGAAAUAGACUUGGCGGUGUUGAUACAUGCCAGGUGAGCAUUUGGUCAUUUGGUCACUCUUAGCAGGCACGUAAUCAAAAGCUGCCAGGUUGUAAACAGUGUUUCCUUUAAAGGCUUGUAAUUUAUAUAAUUUGCACUAACAAUAAUAAUAUGUUAUUAUUAUUUCAACAAAAAUUAACAAACUUCAAGCAUUCCUACUAACCAUGAAUAACACAAAAUUAUCAACAGUGGUGUUCUAAUAAGCAGUAUUCUUCAGUAAUGUAUGAAUUUUUUUUAAAAAAGUAUAAUGAAUAUAGGUAGUGGACUGAUGACGAAAUAUACAGAAUUAAAAUUUUACGUCAGUGCGAAUGAGUGUGAGUUAGAUAUAUCAAAACCGUACAUUUAAAAGAGUUUUAUCAUAAAAUGUUAUCACAGCUGUGGGGUAUUAGAACGGUAUCACUUUCAAAAGACGAUUAGACAAGACAAAGUGGAUUUUUAACCACACACCUGACAAGACAAAGUGGGUUCCUAACCACACACCUGACAAGACAAAGUGGGUUUUUAAACCACACACCUGACAAGACAAAGUGGGUUCCUAACCACACACCUGACAAGACAAAGUGGGUUUUUAAACCACACACCUGACAAGACAAAGUGGGUUCCUAACCACACACCUGACUUUUUAGAAGAAUCUAAAUGUUAAAAACUGGCCAUUUGAAGGGAAAAAAAGUUAACGGUCAAAUUAUCUUUUUUUUUUUUUUCUCAGGGUGAUUCUGGUGGCCCUCUGGUGUGUCUGAAAUCAGGGGCGUGGAAGGUGGCGGGCAUCGUGUCCCACGGUGUGGGAUGUGCCCGACAGAACAUGUACGGCUUUUACACUGAGGUCUCCAAGUACAUAACAUGGAUCCACAACACCAUGGCCCAGCAUUAGACAGUGGAUGACACCUUUUUAUUCCUAAUUCUAAUGUGUAUGCAACGAUGGCAGUAUUCAUUGUUGAACUAAUGUUGAUGAAUAAUUUUUAGAAUUAAAUUGCUGAAGCAGAUGUUACCCACCAACACACACAAAAAAUGAGUAAUGUUAUAGCUAAGGAAUCAAUGUUAAACCUGUCACUUCGCGUCUGUAACCGGGCUUAAUUAAGCAUAUGAACAAUAUUUGAAGCUGUCACUGUCAUACGUAGCUAUAAAUAAUACUCUAGCCCAGGGGUCGGGAACCUAUGGCUCGCGAGCCAGACAUGGCUCUAUUGAUGGCUGCAUCUGGCUCGAAGACAAAUGUUCGAUUAUAAAAAAAAAAAUGUCGCAUUAAUGGAAAGAAAUACUCAUUAUUGAUUAGCAACAGCAUAACGAUGUUAUUAAAAAGAAUUCAGAGACAUAAUUAUUGCAUUUUAGUGUUGAAAUUACACAAAAUGCACACAUUUACUUGAAUUUUUAGUUUUAAAUGUAAUGUAUGGCUCUCACAGAAUUACUUUUCAAAAUAUGUUGUUGUCCAUGGCUCUCUCAGACAAAAAGGUUCCCGACCCCUGCCCUAGCCGCUAGGCGAUGUGGUUUAAACAGUGACUGAUUUUUAAUAUCGCCACUCACAAUAUCCGUAAUAAUAAAUAUGUUUCACGGGAAUAUCAAGAUACUCCGAAUCGCAUCACACACAUUUCAAUUCCUAUUAUGCUUCCAUAAUUUAAUCUUCUCCACUUAAAAAUGUUAUUAUCGAUACAUAAUCCAGCGGCCUCGGUUCACGCCACUAUUAUUGAUUUUCUCCCCAUCUAUUACUCAAUGAAACACACUGAUUGGCCAGCCCUCCUCACAAGUCCCAAACACUCUGUCUCUAUUACACACGAAAUUCUAGGCAUUCUACUUGUCUCCCAUUAGUGGUUCACAUAAUAUUCACAUCUGUGACAGAAGCUAACGUGUCACGGGAAUAAAGUUAUUGAAUAAACGUAGCUCUACAUUUUAACUAGGUUUUUUAUGAUACUGCUAGAGCAGUGCUUUCCGGACAGUGUGUCGCGACGCAGCAGUGUGUCUCCUGUGCUAAAAUAAGUUCUACCAAGAUUCAUUCAUUUUUUAAAAACUAAACACAAAAAAAAAUAAAAACCGCCGGGAAUUAAUUAUGGAAAUGUAUGAGGAAAGUGAUGCGGGUGGCAGAUAUCCAGUGAUUAUUUCAGAAAUGUAGCCCUGGGGGGCACUACAGAUUUAUCAGGGGGGCAGUGCCAGUUGAUUUAUUGUUGGACAUAUUUUUCCUCCGGGGUGA